CCUGUCAAAAACAACAUUCGCGAGGGUUCUUUUGUAGUGUUUUGGUUUUUGCGUUAUAUUUCCUCAGAAAUAAUGGAAACUGGACAUGUGAUUAAAUACAAAGUGAAUUAAAUUAAGUGAUAAACAUGAAGUACUUAUUUGUGAUAUUAUUUUUGUUUGGUUCCUACGGUGUAGGUUCUCUUGUUGAUAGUAGUGGAAAGGAGAGUACGGAGUUGUCUCGUGCUUUCGAUGACCGGCCUUUGUUGUUUGCCACGUUAGGGGGCGGCAUGGUUGCAGUUGAGCCUCUGGCGGGCAAUAUUAUAUGGAAACUUAAAGAUGAACCCGUCGUAAAAGUACCGAACCAGCAAGCUGAUCUGAUGCCCCAAUUUCUCCCGGAUCCUCGACACGGGUUCCUAUACAUGUAUGGUCCUCGAGGAGACCAGCAAAUGCUGAAGAAGCUACCAUUUACGAUACCCGAGUUAGUAGCGAAUGCCCCAUGUCGGUCGACUGAUGGUAUCCUGUACACUGGCAAGAAGAGUGACACUUGGUUCAUGCUGGACCCACUAACUGGGUUUAGGGAACAUGUUUCAGGUUUCGACAAAUCGAAGAUUUUCAAGAACUCCGACGACAACACUUGUUCUCCGGACAAAAAGAGAGGAAUCUACGUUGCGAGAACUGAGUACAAUAUACUCAUGCACGAUUCUAAGAAUCAGAACCAUAAGUGGAAUGUCACAUUCUUCGAUUACACGUCCUUGGCUAUGGGGAAGGAGAUGCUGAAUGAUUAUGGUAUAAUCCACUUUACAUCAACGUCAAACGGUCGUGUGAUGUCCUUUGAUCGUAAGACAGGUGACCUUGUCUGGUCACACAAUUUCGAGACGCCAGUCGUUGCCGCCUAUCUGCUAGACAGAGACGGCCUUAUCUCCGUCCCUUUCAAUUCUAUUGGGGAUGAUACUCUGGAUCAUAUCAUGGAAGAUGCCACUACAUUGAGCAACGGGCAAGGGAUUAAGAACUCUAAUAUUGAACUGUACCCCACAUUGUACGUCGGUGAACACAACCAUGGCCUCUACGCGUUAUCAUCGCUCGUAGACAAAAAUACUAUCACAAUAUCGACCGGCCACGCACAGCCCUUGCUACUAGAAGGCCCAACAGAAACGGAGCAAAAAUCUGAAACCUACCAAUACGAGCCGUUCAAAAACGUUCACUACAAAUUAAAAGAUUUGAACUUACACGUCUCAGCCCCAUAUCUCCUACUAGGACAUUACAAGGUCCCCGAACUAACGACAACAUGGAUGCCUCAGUUACCAAAUUCAAAUUUCUUGAACGUACACAACUCACAGAAUAGUGCCAUCAAAUUAAUCAAUGGCCAAGUCCAUUCUGAAACGGAUAAUGAUGUUGAGAAUGAGACAAAUUUAAAGUCGAAUCCCAAUCCGAAUUCCAUAUCUGUGUCGGUACAAACUGAGGAGUUGUUUGAAAGACUUGAGUUCAGACCGGACCUAUGGUACAAGAGAACAUAUUUGUGGUUCCACCAGCAAGAAAACCAAGUUCUCAAAGUUGCUCUUAUAAUUUUAGUUGGAUUAGUAAUUACCAUGUUCUGGUAUCUUCGAUAUCAGGCACGUGAAUUUCAGCAGCUUUCUCAAGGCGGUUCUCGAACGUCUAACGCGUCUACAUCGUCCAACGGCGAGGUGACCGGCCAACUGGUUGAGAUAGGCGGCGGUGAAGUACGCAUCGGAAGGAUCACGUUCAAUACUGAUCAGGUUCUUGGCAAGGGCUGCGAGGGAACAUUUGUUUAUAAAGGAACAUUUGACAAGCGUGCAGUAGCAGUAAAACGUCUAUUACCAGAAUGCUUUACGUUUGCCGACCGCGAGGUGGCGCUACUGCGCGAAUCCGAUGCUCAUGCGCACGUCGUACGUUACUACUGCACUGAAAGGGAUAAGCAAUUCCGGUACAUCGCUCUAGAGUUGUGCUCGGCUACAUUACAAGACUACGUGGAAAAGAAACUGAACUUUGAGUGCACCAUCGAUGCUGUGGAAGUGUUGAGGCAGGCGACUCUAGGACUCUCUCACCUACAUUCUAUGGAUAUCGUUCACAGAGACAUAAAACCUCACAAUGUACUACUGUCAAUGCCGACGGGCAGCGGAGAAGUGCGAGCCAUGAUCUCAGACUUCGGUCUGUCUAAGAAACUCAACCUAGGCCGAAUGAGUUUCUCCAGGAGGUCGGGAAUUACGGGAACCGAUGGCUGGAUCGCACCUGAAAUGAUUAAUGGAGAGAGAACGACAACAUCAGUAGAUAUAUUCUCUCUCGGGUGCGUGUUCUAUUACGUGUUGUCUAAAGGCCAGCAUCCAUUCGGAGAUAUGCUCCGGAGACAGGCCAACAUACUCACCGGAGAUUACAACCUGGAUCAACUUGACAAAGUGUUGCCUGAAGAAGAAGUGCUAAUAACAAAGAUAUUGAUCCGCGCGAUGAUAUCAGCCCGUCCGGCCGCGCGGCCGCCCUGCGAGACUGUGCUCAAGUACCCCAUGUUCUGGGGGAAACAGAGCAUACUCAACUUCUUACAGGAUGUAAGUGACCAAGUAGAAAGUGGUGACAGUGGUUCCGAAGCCGCUUUAGAGCGCGGCGCUAGACGCGUCGUACGCGGGGACUGGCGCGCGCGCGUCUGUGUCGCUGUCGCUAGCGAUCUGCGCGCGCGCAGGACAUAUCGCGGGGACCGCGCCGCGCAUCUACUGAGGGCUAUAAGGAAUAAGAAACAUCACUACAGAGAAUUAGAAACGGAAGUACGGGAAAGUCUAGGCAAGUUACCUGAUGGCUUUGUGACGUACUGGUUACGAAGGUUUCCACUUCUGUUACCGCACGUAUGGCUACAAAUGCAGCCAUACAGACACGAGGACAUCCUACAAGGCUACUACCCACACAGCUUCACCUUUAACAGGGAUGACGUCACGGAAUUAGACGAAGACGGCGAUUUAGAGGAAGAAAUCCCAGUGGAAAUGUGUGAUCCGGUCAAAAACGGACUUUUUGUUAAGAGUAGAGUGUACUAUGAUGAGAACCAAGGCGUUGAGUAUAGGUAUAAGAAGGAAGGAUCGCCGAGGAAACGCAAUGAUUGGAGGAGCGACGCCCAAGAACGGACGAGGCAAGAUGACGUCAGACUACGAGAUAGACACUACUAUAAGAAGAAAGAGAAGAAAAGAGAGGAGAUGCCAGUUUGGACUUUGCCCCAACAAUGAGGUAUAGAUUUAGCGAAAGAGGUUUUACUUGACCAGAAGUCACAGGGAGUAGUAAUGUUAGAUAGUUUUUGUAAAUGAGGCUCAUGUACUCUAGUUAGAAGUUUCUAGACGGUUUAUAGUGGAAUGGUGCCUAGUGUGACAUUAGGCUUGCUCCCAUUUUAAACGACUCAUAUAAUUAACGAGAAAUUGGCGUUACUUUCAUUUGUACGCCUUUACCCCUUUGGGUAGGAGAAUGUUAUAUUUUUGUGAUGUAUGAUAUCAUAGACAUUAUACAUAUUACAGACGUAGGUCAUGUAAUUUUAUCCAAUGACAAUCUGCUUAUUGUCUUGCAGAUGACGAAUGAAUUUAUAUUACGUAUAGCCAAUUCCCUGCAGUGGAAACGUUAAAGUAUUAACUAAAAUAAUGUUUUUUUUUUAAUAUUAUUAUUAUUGACUAUUUAUAGACGACCUAUUGUUAUCUGUAAAUUUAAAAAAGAUAAAAUCUUGAUACUUGAUCUUUAGUCGAUUCUAGAUAAAUGUUGUUUUUCUGGUCAAGUCAUAGUGAUUAGUAUGUAAUUUUUAUGCACAAAAUUUGAUCAUUUUGUGACGAGUUUUUAUUUAUUUAAAUGAAUUUAUUAAUAUAUUUGAAUUUAAUAAUAUAUAACGAUACAAAUUUAAGUAAUAGGAUGUAGUUAGUUUAGUAAGAGAUCUCUAAUCAUUUAGUUAGUUUUAGGUUUUAGUAAAUAUAAAAGUAAUUUAUAAGUAGAAAGAUUCCUUUAUUCGAGUGUCAAUAAAGAUAGAGUUAUGUUAAUAGGGAAGGUGGCCGAAUACAAAAAAAGCAAAAAAAAUGAUGCUAGGCCUUUCUGGGGUGCCUUUAGAAAAAUACUUAUCACACCCAGACUUGGAAAAACAAUUUGUAAACAGGACAAAUAAUUAUUCAUUCAUUGCGAUAACCGUACAUCUAUUUAGAAUGUUUGAAUUGAUGUCGCACAGUUUUUAAAGAGGUU